AUGUCGGCCGUACCUACAGAAGAACAGGUGGCCUCAGCCGCCAAGAGGCUGCUUGAUGCACACUCGGCGGCGGCUGCCGACCCCGCCUCCUCGUCCUCGACCUCCUCGACCGCCGCAACGGAAGAGCUCGGCACCGCAAAGCUGCUCACCAUCUUGCAGCUCGAGAACGACUGGCAGCUGAGUGAAAAGCGCCUCAAGACCAUUCUCACGCGGCACGGCCUGCGACACGCCCCCGCUGCUCCGCCAGCCUCCAACGGGGCCAACGGGGAAGCGGAUCCCGCAGCCGCCUCGUCGGCUACCAAGAAGAAGAAGAAGCCUGCCCGCAAGGCGCAGCCGUCGCAUGUCCCCCGCUCGUACAUCGAUCCCUCGCUCAACUUCCCUCCUGGAGUCGAGGGCCACUACUUCGACGCCGUCAAGGGCAAGGGCUUGGUUGCGACGCAGGACUUUGACGAGGGCGACGUCGUCUUCCAGGAGGAGGCGUUUGUGCCUACCCCGCCGCCCAGCGCCGUCGAAAGCAUGGUACGGGGCGAGAUUUGCACCCAUUGCUUUCUGCCCAUGGAGACGGCCGUGGCCGGCGGCAAGAGGUGUGGCCGCGGCAAGUGUACGGCGAGGUUUUGUGGCGCCCUCUGCCAGUCUCGAGGCAUGUCGACCCACCACGCGCUGCUCUGCACCGGCAGCAACCCUUCGGUCAAGCCUCUGAUGGAUCUCAUCCAGUCGCAAGGGUGGCAGUCGCUGCACUCGGUCGCCAGGUCGCUGGCACGCUUGCUGCUGACCCACUCAUCGACACCACCGCCGUCGAUCGCGUCCACCUCGACCACCAACCCGACGCCGGCCUCGUUCGACGAGGUCUACUCGCAGCUGAGCUCGUUCGCUACAGUUUCGGAGCUGGAGCGGAGGGCGAGGAACCCGGGUUGGUCGAUGGAGGAGGCCUCGUUCAACUCGGCCCUGCAAUCGGCCCACAAGGCGCUGCGGGCGGGCCUGGACCCGUUCGACGAGGAGAGGACCAAGCAGCGUCAGACGCCCGGAGUCAAGCCAGAGCCCUUUCCGCUCAAGGUCGACGAGAUUUCGGCAUCUUCGGCGCUGAGCAGCAAGAUCAAGGAGCUGUUCUCGUACCCGAACUUCCUCGCCCUCCUCGGCAGGUCCAACGUCAACAUGGAGUCGCACGGCGGCCUCUACCUGCUUCACUCGUUUCUCAACCACGACUGCCGACCCAACAUCAAGAUCCGGCACGUUCCGGUGCGCGGACGGUACGCCUCGAUGAAGAUUGCCGCGGUGACGUCGCGCAAGAUUAAAAAGGGCGAGGAGCUCACCAUCUCGUACGUCGACCCUGCCACUGUGGUGCGGAGGAGGAGGAUGGUGCUGUGGCGAGACUACUGUUUCGGCCCGUGCGCCUGCGCGCGGUGUGCCGAGGAGGUCAUGGAGCUCAACGAAGACGAGAGGAGGGAAAGCGAGAAGCCCGAGGAGACGACGAGGAAGGAGGAGGAGGAACUGAAAAAGAAGCAGGUGCACGCCGUCAACGGACCCGGUGGCAAGUCGGACGACAAGGAUCUCAGCGGCCUCGAAGACGAGCUCAGGGAUACCCUCGGAUUCUAG